GUAGGCAACUCAGUCAGUCAGUCAAAGGGAUCCAAUAGGAAUGGAUCGGUUUGGGGUUAAGUCCACUCUUGAAGAUGGAAUAAUUGCUACCACUACAUAGAGAAAGAGAGACGGUGAAGUUGAGCCAGGCAGUCAAUCGUCGCCUAGCCAGAAUAGGCAGUGGUAUUAGAAAGAUGUUAUGAUCUACCUCUUUUGGAGCAUAACAACGUCAUGAAAGACUGAGAUUGUAUCAUUGCAGUGUGAGAUUUUAAGCAUCGAACAUUACAUCGAGUGAUUUAUCAGUUUAAAAAGUGCUUGCCCAAACAAGAACAAAUUUCGCUGAGCUAGACAGAAUCCACCGUUUCAAAAUGGCCCCUGUGUGUGAUAACUUGAGUAUCGAAGAAACUCCCGGACCAUCUAGAACUGCGUCAUCACCACCAUCGAUUCCUUCGAGUUCUGACAUGGCCGAAUCCACGCACGAUUUCGUUCUGCUGAGCGACGACGAAUCGAUCGAGGUGCUGGACAACGAAUCGGAUUAUGCACCGGAGGGCGCGACGGUGACGGCCACCGCUACGGCGGCGGCGGUGGAUCAGGAAGAAUCGAAACACUUAAGUUUCAUGGAUGGGGCAAACGAGGACGAAAAAGAGUCCCUUAAAAAGGUGGUGCAGAACGAGGCAGAAGUGGAAGCACAGUCGGAGAUUGACUUACCGCAUUACGCACCAACGUCGAUGGCUUCCAGGUACCAGGAGGAACCGAAAACUAUUCGGCACUCGAAUGACGAUUACGGAUGUUGCGAGGGCAAUUUCGAGGAAGAACCACCACUGGCCAGCUCUAGCCAGUUUGGGGAACUUACGACGGAGCAGCAGUUAAAUAUCAACGAGCAAAAUGAGGACGUAAAGUCGGAGAUUCCGCUGCCAGAAGUUAUCAUCACAGAAGCGGAUGAAACAAUCAAGUCUGAAGAAGGAAUGACUGAAAGUGUGCUCUCCGGAUCAACGGCCGUGGUUGAACAGCUGGAAGCUGAUGAUACCAUCGUAGAAGGCGCUGAACAAGUCAUCCCGGAAGAGCCAAAACCAGCGACAGCAAAAAUAGCUGAAAUCCCAGUAAUCGCCUACUUUUCUAGUUCCGAUGGAAAAGAGUACGUUCGGGUGGAACAGCAGAUGCCGUGGAAGGUCGACCAGCUCAACUGCGCCGCCCGGCUGGCCAACGUAGACCUGGAGAUCCGACUGCACAACGAGGGUUGCCUCCUGCUCGUGGACGAGAACUUUGUUGCCAAAGUAAGGGUGCUUGACCUCGCUCCAGUAACCGAUUCCACCAACUUCAUUCAGGCCAAAACGAUGCUCUUCUGGCAACUUCGCAUUGUCCGGAUCCUGCAGGACGAACUUAUGGCAGACCGAGAUCGCAGCCGUACUGGUCUGCUGACCAGCAUCAACCGCAUCCGGAACAAACCCAGCAACCAUACCAACGAUGCGAUCCAACUGCUGGAGAUCAUUCAAAGCUCCGAGGAUCUCGACUACCGUAGUCUGUGCGAGAAGUUGCGCGAGAACACCGUCAUUUCAGCUAGUUUGAGGGAGCAAGCUACCCAGCUAUUGCAGCUUGAAGAUGGUGCAGCGCGCAGGAAUCGAUUCCUUAACAGAUUCCACGUCACGUUCACUGACGAUGCUUCCGGACUGGGUCAAACGCUGGAACAGUUUCGCGUAUCGGUGAUCGAUAAUCACAUCAAGUCUCUACUGGAAAAGGCUCCCGAGUACCUGCAAACUCAGCUCAAGGAAGUUCCGGAGACGAUUCUGAUCCGGAUCAGCGUCUGCGAUAUUAAAGUGUUCCACGACAUGGACCACGUUCUGAAUCCGGAUAUUUUCAAGGAUCCGCUGCAAGAUCUUGCCAAACGAUGGAUCAAGCAUGUGAGAAAGUCAACAAAUUUCACUGGUUCUUUAACAAAUCCAGUGUACUUUUCGCUGUGCAGAAGCCUGGAGGAGCUCAUCCUCGAAAUCACCAGCAGAUCUAGCCACACAAAAGAAGCAUUGCUCAAGAGUGAUAAAUGUGGAUGGCAUCCCCUCAAAACGAUUCACUGGUCGUCCCCAACGGACUUCACCAAAUGUCUGGAACGAGAGUACCAGUUUAUCAUGAAGCUGCUAAAACACUUCGAUCCAGCAUCCGGAAACACCAAACCGUUUGACUACCAACCCCGUCGACUGAUCGAUUGCACCACAGCAACCGAAUCCGUUUCCACGAUCGGCAAAAUCUUCCGCCGACUGUUCAGACACUCGCAGGCCAACCCGCUGGGAAUCGCCGACGAGUUCUACGCCUGGUACUGCAUGCUGGAUGACGCUCUUGCGCACCUCCUGCCCAACCGAGACAACAAACUGGACGUCUUCGAGCAUGUCCUGCAAAACUAUGUCCUGCUCAUCUCCAACGCCACCAUCGAUCAAAUGGAGACGAUCCGCGUCAUCACGCACAACACCCUUCGCUUCAUCGUCCAGACGGUUCCCUUCCUGGACCCCGAAAAGGCCAACUCGUGUGAGGAUAAACAGAUCCUGCAACUCCAGCUGGAUACCGUCAACCGCCUUGUCACAGAGUCGCAAUCAACCAACAGUUUCCGCGAUCUGAUCGACGUGUUCAGCAGAUACUGGGAGAACCGAAGCACCGUCAUCGAGAACAUCCCAUCGAAGCAGGCCAUCCCCGAGAUGGAACAGAUCAAAACGAACCUCUUCACGGUCGUGUUGAUCGCACUGCAGAAGAAUGUCUCAGCUGAGCGUUUGGUCGACUUUUUCCGCACGUACAACGACUUCCUCAUCGAUUUGGACAAUGUUUCCUUUGAUUGGCUCAUCAAACCCAUUUCGAUGUUCAAGAUGGACGGCAUGAUCAACAUGAAGAUCGUCGAACUGGUGGAAACCAAAUGGAGCAAAACCGACAUUGCAACGUACCGAGUGAUCAACCCCAAAAAGUUUACCAAAUUGAUCAACGUUCUGGCGGAGGAUGGAGAUGACAGUUCAUCCAUCGGUCCGAAGCACUACAUCGUUGAAAUCAUCACAAAGUUGCUCGGAAACAUCACUUCUCAGCUGCAGCACUCCCGCUGGACAUCCGGAACUGAACUAACAGAUCACGAACAGAUCGAAUCAGCCACCGUUCUCAUCUCGGCCAUUCGUAGCUCCCUGCUGUACCUCCAAGAACAAGCCGAAUACGUUUCGUACGAUCUGUUCCUGGACGAGAGUCUCAAACCGUUCAGCAACGUGUCCGAGAACAGCGAAUCGUCAAGUGACUUUACCAAGCGCAUCGGACUCAUCAAAGAAUCGUUCUACUUCUUCCGGCGACAGAACGAAAUGAGCAUGGACGAAGCGCUGAAGAUGUUCCGCGAGUUGAACGUCGGGGUGCAGAGUGCCCAAGAACCGAUCGUUCAAGCGUACAAACACUACACGGAGCACUUUGAGAAGUACAUGCUGCAAACCAUCCCGGAGAUAACCGCUGCAAUUCUCAGCUCCAAAAAGAGCAUUCUCUUCAAAAAUUGGACACCAAAGUACAAGCAGGAAACGCUGCCUCAACUCCUUGCCGGAAUCACCGCGGUCUGGUCCAUUAUGGCGUCCAAGGAUGUCUCCGGAACUGGCAAGUAUCUCAAGCCGCACUGCAUUCAGGUGCUGUGCGUGCUGAGACUGCUCGGCGUGGACAACGUCGAGAACGGCGUUGCGAAACACCUGGCACAGGUUCUGACCGGACAGGGUAAAUCCCUGGUGCUAGGAUUGAUCGCGACUGUGCUUGCCCUCACCGGCCACAACAUCCAGGUGGUCUGCUACAACAAAUAUCUGGUGGAACGAGAUGCCCAGGACUUCCAAGCUCUGUUCAACGCCUUUGGAGUGCCCAAGGUUAUCAAUUAUAGCACGUACGAUGGCAUGGCCAACUUGGUCCUCUCGCCGGAAGUGGACGGCAAGCCGGUGAAGUUACGAUUGCUGGUGGAAGACCUUCUGGUCUCGGGAACCAACGUGAAAGGACUGAAGAAGCCGGCCUCCCAGAUCCAGGACAACUCGGUGAUGCUGAUGGACGAAGUGGACGUUUUCUUCUCCAGAGACUACUACGGCAACGGAUACUAUCCGGUAGCGACUCCGGAGAUUCUCGGACUAGACAAGAUCCAAGAAAAGAUCUGGAAUCUUGUAAGGGAUGUUGGGCUCCGUACCUCGCAGGACAUUUUCAGCAAAAUUAUAACCUUUAUCAAUACAGUGCAGUUUGAGGGCAACCAAGGGUUCAACAAGUUUUACAACAAACCAGGAUCGUACGACAUUCUAGAAUACGAGAACAGCGUUGUGGUACGCAAAACUACCACCAACAAGGCUCUUUUCGAGGACCAUCUGAAUAGAAUGAUCACCGACGCAAUUAACGUCGUUGUGAAACCAAGCUCGCACUGGAUGGACUACAGGCUCAACCCAAAUGGACUCAUCACCUGCAAAUACAACGAACGGUUCGUGAACUUCUUCAAGGUACGCUACUUCAACGUAUUCAACUACUUCCGGUUGAAAAAGCAAGACUUUGUAAAGAAGAUUGACAUCGAAGAAAACUAUGGCUAUCUCAACAUUCGCUGUGGUUCCUUGUCGUACGCCAUGCUACCAAAAAACUUUCCACUCAUUCUGGGCGUUACCGGAACACUGACCACGUUGAACCAGCACGAGAAGGAUGCCAUCGAUCGGCUCUACAACAUCCGUCAGUCAUCCGUCAUGCCGACGUUCUUCGGGUGCUCCAACAUGCAGUUCGAUCCGCUAGAGCACUUCCACGCCGAAGUCCCAGAAACCCGCUGGAUGGGCGAGAUCUUCACCAGAGCGCACGCAGCCAUCGCAUCUAAGCGUGCCGUGAUCGUGUUCUUCCAAGACGAGUCCUCGCUGGAAAAGUUCCAAUCCGAGUACGCUGGCCAGUUCGAUCGACUGAACGUGCUCACCGAGAACACCGACGAACAAAAGCAGGAGCAACUCAUCACCGAAGCAGGCGUAGCGAAAACCGUUACCUUGGCCACUCGCGGAAUGGGUCGCGGAGUCGAUUUCAAAUCCAGCGUUUCGGUCGAGAAAAAUGGCGGCGUCCACGUGAUUCAGACGUUCUUCUCGCUGGACGUCAAGGAGGAAACCCAAAUCCGGGGUCGGACAGCUCGGAAGGACAACAAGGGAAGCUACGAGUUGAUCGUUUGUGAGGAACACCUGAAGCAGCAAGGACUGUUCAAGGCUGGCGAAACGGUAUCGUAUGCCAGCAUUGAUGCGGAACGAACUAAGCUAGCUCUCGCAGAGAGCAAGGACGUGGCGGAGUUGAUCAACAAGGAAUCUGGUGACCAUCAUACCACAAUGAAUUAUCUUCAGUCGUUUUUUAAGUAAUGAAUCUGCCAAGACUUUUUAAUGAUACAAUUUUAAUAAAGAUCUAUUGACUACUCAAAUAA